AUGCGACCUCUCCGGAGGAAGGCGGAAUACGGCCUCCCGGUCUGUGAUCUCCAGCUUCGAUCCUACAGUGUCGAGAAUGUGGAAUUCUUUGCCGACUUUGCAAUCCGUGCGGCCUAUUACCUCAACCUUCCCGUCUCCGGUCCCGUCCCUCUCCCACGCAUCGUCGAACACUGGACCGUCCCACGAAGCAACUUCGUUCACAAGAAGAGCCAGGAAAAUUUUGAGCGAAUUACCCUCCGCCGGCUGAUCCAGAUCAAGGAUGGGAACCCCAAGGCAGUGCAAGCUUGGCUUGCCUUCCUGCGGAAACACGCGUUCUAUGGUGUCGGCAUGAAGGCCAAUGUCUGGGAGCAUGACAGCCUUGAUGUUGGCAAAUCGAUGGACGAAUCUCUUCCGGAGAUCGAGAAGACCCUCCGCUCGCACCUCGCCCAAUUCGGUCAGCGUAAGGAUAAUUCCGCUGGGGGAUCCAUCUUUGACACUUUGGACAAUGCCCGGUUUGCUGAGCUCAGCUCAACCAGCUCGACCACCACACAGGAGCCCGUAAUCUUUUCAGGAAUUCAACCAACAGGGGUUCCUCAUCUGGGAAACUAUCUGGGUGCACUUAACCAGUGGGUGAAGCUGCAGAACAAUGCGAAGCCAGGAGCCAAGCUGUUGUUUUCCAUCGUCGACCUGCAUGCAUUGACCGUACCGCAAGAUGCAGCUCAAUUGAGACGAUGGAGGCGGGAGGCGUUUGCAACUUUGCUUGCGGUGGGACUGGAUCCCAAGCGAUCUACGAUCUUUUAUCAAUCGGCUGUGCCGGCUCAUGCAGAAUUGAUGUGGAUUCUCAGCACGGUAGCUUCCAUGGGAUACCUCUCAAGGAUGACACAAUGGAAGAGCAAACUUCAGUUGCCAGAGGAUAUCACCCUGGAGCAUUCGGAAGCCCGAGCCCAGCUGCGCCUGGGUCUUUUCUCAUAUCCUGUGCUUCAAGCUGCGGAUAUCCUUGUUCAUAGGUCAAUUCUUCUCCUAUCUACGAACGAAUUCCUCCAAAAAGCUAAUAUUCCACUAGAGGCACCCAUGUUCCAGUUGGCGAAGAUCAAAGACAACAUCUGGAGUUCUCCAGCCCCCGCAAAGCGGGUGAUGUCGCUCAAGGACCCCACCGCCAAGAUGUCCAAAUCCCACGCGGAUGAGCGAUCCCGUAUUCUGUUGACCGAUUCUCCCGCAGAGAUUCAUAAAAAGGUCAAGGUCGCUCUGACGGAUUCGGAGCCUACAAUCACCUACGAUCCCGCCCAUCGACCUGGGGUCUCCAACUUGAUUGAGAUCCUUAGUCAUUUUGAAGAGGUGUCAUGUGCGGAAAUUGCUUCAGAGUAUAAGUCUGCUAGUCUUCGCACAUUAAAGGAGCAUGUUGCAAGUAAGAUCGCGCAUCAUCUUCAACCCGUUCGAGAACGGUACAUGGAGAUCAUGGCGGAUCAGAGCGGGUACCUGGAUACGGUUUCCCGGGAGGGCGGGGAGGCGGCUCAGGCCAAUGCGAGCGAGACCAUGAGAGAAGUCCGGGAUGUCAUGGGUCUUUGA